AAAAUCAUCAAAACCACUAAACUCCAUCUAAAAUUCAUCCAUAUCACGCAGAUCGCAUCCAAUACUAUCGCAGCAGCCGGCAAUUCAAUAUAAAGUUAGAAGAAAGGAAGAAGAAUGAGCUUCGGAAGCAGCAGCAGCAGAAGGUGGAUCGUGGCGGCGAGCGUGGGGACGGUGGAGGCUCUGAAGGACCAAGGCUUCGCCAGAUGGAACUACGCUUUCAGACUGCUCCACCAGCAUGCCAAAUCCAACCUCCGGUCCUACUCCCAGCACGCCACCAGGCUGCCUUCUCCCUCCGCUGUCGUCUCCGCCAAGCUGCGAGAUGAGAAGUUGAAGCGCUCCGAGGAGUCUCUGAGAACCGUCAUGUAUCUGAGCUGUUGGGGACCUAAUAAUUGAUUUGAGUCUCCUUUUAAUAUCUCCCUUUAUAUAUGUUAUUGUAAUGUAAUUUGAAGCGAUCGAGGAAGUUAAUAACAAUGAGCCCUUUCU